CAACAACAAAGUUCCAUAUCGCCUAUCCACCACCCCCCUCAUCGCCUAAUUAAGCGGGUGACAACUGCGCAAUAUGGCUGACCUCAACCCUCGCGCCAGACCCUUUGUUGUGGGUGAUAAAACUGAUCCAACAACAACAUCAUUCAAGAGUACAGACAAACCUGAGGAAGGCGAAUCGUCUAGCAUCCUUGGAAGCCAGACAAACCGUUACCUGUUCAGAGAGCUUUAUCCAGAAGAUCUCCGCGUCAUAUUACUGGUAAGCGCGUCCAUUUUCCUUCUUUCCACAUCGGUCUCCAACACGAAAUAUCGUUGGAACGUAGCUGAUAUCAGGAAGUCUCGCUCUGAGAUAGAGAUACUCUUUCACGCGCCAACAAUGGCUCCCCCCAAACUUACAUCUUAUUUGGAGGCCACGGGCGACGGUAGUCCUGAUGGUCGUCACGUCUGGCUUACCGAGGCUGGAAUGAACGUAGCAAAGGUUGUCCCUGGCAUUCCUCCGGCCUUCGAGAAGGAGAUCCUCGAAAGUCGAGCUCUUUACGUCGUGGGAGUCCCACAGAGCUGGCAACUCCUAGCAUUCAAACAACUCUUCAAAGCCUGUGGCACUGUCGACAAAUGCCCAUGUAUCAUUGACUUGGAGGCAGAGCAGACUUUCCGCUGGGUUAUCAUGAGUACAGAGGACGAGGCCAACACUGUGAUGCAGCGAAUCGAUGGUAUGCUCCUCCAAGGCAACACGAUACGCGUCUGCAAGGCUCUGCCUCCAGGAGACAGUUUCAUCCUCAGCGAUGAAUAUCCACUUGAGAGAUUCUUACAGUGGGGCUGGGACAGUGGCAGAGAUCCGGCGGAGGCUGGAACUGUUCACGGCCAUCCGGCACCACCGGCUACACAGCAGCAACUUGCUCCAACGUCAUCUCAGCCAGCGUCAUCUCAGCCAGCAUCAUCUCAGCCAGCAUCGUCUCAUCCAGCAUCGUCUCAGCCAGCAGCUCCUGAAGUAAAGAUUAGUGCACCUGCAACUGUUCAGCCAGCACCUGAUGGUUUCGUAACCCAAGCCGCCUCCUGGGCAAACAUAGCCCGUGCUGCUCGCGGAGGUUCCCUCACUGUCGAUCUCCACCCCGAAAGCAGGCCACUUAACAGUGCCCCCCGUCUCCAUCCAGUUGGAAGAAUCCCCAGCAUAUCCUCUACUGGCAACAUUGAGCCCAUGGCCGAACAGAUGCGCGUGGUAUUCAUUCUCAACCUACCUCAAAAUAUGACUCUUGCCGACAUAUCCGAUGCUAUCAAGGAAGGAUCUGUACACAGCAUCCGCUUUGGCCUCGAUGAAUCCGAGGGAAAGAAGUACGUCGGUGUGAUCUUCCAGUAUGCCAGCGACGCCGAGAGCUUCUACCAGGUCCUUCGCAAGGAGCGUGCUGACGGCACCCCGGGUCGAUUCCGCUUCAUUGUCGACGCAGUCAGGGGUGAGGCCUUCUUGGGCGACGAUAUGAUCAAACUCAUGGGCCCUCCAUCCUUCGCUACCCGUCGCCUCACCAUUGUCAAAAGCCGCUUCUUCUUUAUGUAUAAGGAGAGUGAAUUCAGACUUUUCUGCGAGAAGACUGUCGGCCGAGAGAAUAUCCAAUGCAUUUGGAUAUACAAUGGAGGAAAUGCGACGGUGGUUUUUGCGGACGUCAAAUCGGCAGUUCAUGUCAAGAGGGAAUUGGACAAGAAAAGCGAUGUUGCAACGGGCGAGGACCCCUUCCGCGGCUUGCAAGUCACCUUUUCGAAGGAUCCGUGUGUCCAGGAGAUCAACUUUAUUACUGAUAUGUAGUGAUGAAAGGCCGGACAGAGCAUCGACGGAGUUGGCAUGGUUGGAUGGACAAGAGUUUGUUGGACAACCGUGAUUCUCUCUGGGUAUC